GAGUGUUCUCCAGAGACCUUCACAUCCGUCAUCCCAGGCUCGGAACUCAAAGCAGGGACAUGCCAGAAUCAGAAGGGAAGAGGCAAUAGAAAGAUACAGAUUUGAGCCAGAAGCCCUGCGCACGCACCACCCUUGUUUGCCGUUAUGUCGGCUCGCUCACCAGCCCGGCUCCACCAAAUCCUGACUACAUCUCCCAGGAGAUGCACGCCAAGCAGCUGAACCGUAUGGAAUUAGCGCCCCUGCAGCUGAAAACCCCAGAACUCCCAUGGGAGGCAGACGAGCUGAACACCCGCCAAACCAAGGCUCCGGCAGCAGCACCCAUCCCCAACGCCACAGAUACGCCAAGGAUUCAGUUCCACCGCCGCGUGACUUUUCGUUGUUGACACCAAUCUUCAAAUAAUUUCAGAGUAAUCAGUGCAAGCAGAGUUCUUUCCCUGAAUGAAUCCGAGUAACCCCGGUGACUGCCUUCUGAAAUGACCGGCAGACACACAUCUGCACAGAGGCUGCCCAAAGUCUAAACUCUGGAUACAAAGUGCCAUGUCCAGCCAAAGAGGACCACGUGUGGAGCUUUCUGCAACAACAGUCAGUUCCGUAGCUGUGCAGGCUGGGAACUGCAGAAUCGUCAUAGCUGUCAUAAAGUCUGGGAAAUGGGUACAGCUUCAGCUGACUGAAUCACAGCCAAACCUCCUAGAAAUUGGUAGCAGUCUAAAUGAAACCAAACAACUUCUACAUGAUCAUGAACUUCUUUUGGCCAAGCUCAAGGCUUUGGAAGACCGGGUGUGGGAACUCCUGCAGGAGGCAGACAAGACAGCUGACCAGAACAAGGAGCAGAGUGUGGUCUACGAAGCCAUGGCCGACACUCUGGGCGAAGCAUGGGCAGCUCUGGUCACUAUGCUUGAAGGAAGACGGGAACUCCUUAGACUCACUUCAGAAUUUUUUGAGAAUGCCAUGGAGUUUGCUGUUAAAAUAGAUCAAGCUGAGGAUUUCCUUCAGAACACCCAGGAGUUUGAGAGUGCCGAGUCCUUAAAGUCACUUCUUCAGCUCCAUGAACAUCAUGCAAAAGAACUCUUAGAACGAUCUCUAGCCCUUUUAAACAAAAGUCAACAACUCACUGACUUCAUAGACAAAUUCAAGUGUGAUGGACCUAAUGUGAACCCACAGUUAAUUCAGGGAGCUAGUAACAGUUGUCUGAAGAUUGACAGCCUUCUUGAACUUCUGCAAGACAGGAGACGGCAACUAGACAAGUACUUAAAGCAACAACGGCAGGAAUUGGGUCAGGUUCUGCAGAUAUGUGAGUGGGAUCAACGAGAGAAUCAGGUUACCUGUUGGUUUCAAAAAACCAUAAGAGAUUUACAGGAACAAAGUCUAGGUUCAUCACUUUCUGACAAUGAGGAUCUAAUCCGUAAGCACGAGGAACUGAUGAUAAAAGCAAAGGAAUGGAAUUCCGAAGUUGAAACGUUGAAGACUGAGGCACUCGGGAUUCUUCUAUCAAAGGAAAACAUGGAGAAAGAACAUCUACAGAUCUCAAACCAGAAACUGAAUCAACUUCAAGAAGAAUUUGGUUGGCUCAUGGUGGAAAGGGAAGUCUGGUUAAAAAAGGCCAAUGAUUUUUUUAACAACGCUAACAAGGCAUUUGAUGUACUUGGAAGAGCUGAAGCUUACCUUAAGCUUCUUAAAUCAGAGGGUUUAAGUCUGCCUGUCUUGGCAGCAAAGCAUGAGGAAUUACAUAAAGAAAUUAAAGACUGCACAGCUGAUGCUUUGCAAAAGGGACGAGACUUAAUCAGCCAAGUAGAUUCCUGCAGUUUCCAGGUGACCGGUGUCCAUGAGAUGAUGAGAUGCAUUCAGAAACGAGCGGAUCAUCUGAUUCAACAGUGCUCAGCACACAAGGAAUUGGCUCUUAAGAAACAGAAAUUAAUAGCCUCAGUGGAGGGCUACCUAGGGAAGGUGGAAAUGUUAAUUCAAAAAUUCAACCCAGUACUUUCUAAUGCAAUGGAUAUCGGUUCCAACUUUUCUGAAUCAGAGAAGAUUUUGAAUAAAUAUCUGGAAUUAGAUAAACAAGCUGAGGAGACAUCACAUGAAUUAGAAGCAGCUUCAAAACUCAUGAAAGAAAGAAAUGAAUUUGAACUUGAUGAAGUUACAUCACUUUCUUCUAAUGUUAACCAGCUAGAGCAAGAAUUAAACACACUCAACCAGAUCAUCAGUUUCAGGUCAAAAGUGCUGCAAACUUUUGUGGCAUUUCUGAAGUCAUCAGAUGAGGUGGAGGAGCAGUGCCAGAGCCUAAAGACAUUUUACCAAACUGAAAUCCAACAGAAGAAAGAGGAUAACGCUGAAGCCAGGCAUCCAUCUGACUUAACUGAGGAACAGUGGCACCUAUUUUUAAAGAGGAGUUUUUUAACUCAAGACUUAGGACUGGAGUUCCUUCAUUUUAUAAAUAUGGCAAAAGAGGGUGAAAUCGCAGAUGUAAAAAAUAAAAUGCAGAUUAUGAGGAACACUUUGGAAAACCAGAAGGCAGAAAGGGAAGAACUCAGCCACCUCCGGAUAACGUGGAAACUUCAAGUCACUAAGAGACCCGUGAAACAGCAGUGGGGAGCAUUUGAAGAACAACUUAAAAAGACUACUCACAACUUAAAACUUCUUCAGGAAGCACUUAUGCCUGUGUCUGCACUUGACCUCGGAGGGAGCCUCCAGAGUAUUUUAGGUGUAAGGAAAAAAUGGAAUGAAAUGAAACCUCAGUUCCAGCUACUAGCUGAUGAGGUUCAGUACAUCAUAAAAGAAUUCGAAGAGCUAAGUGGCAAAGGCGUCCCUGUGAAUGAGAAGUCUCAACAACUGAAGGAUCUCCUGUACUUUCACCAAAAACAGAAAGAGAGCAUCCAAGAUUAUGAUAAUAUCCUGAGCAAGAUAAUCCAGUUUCAGCAAGUAAAGGAAGAGCUGGGAAAUCUCAUCAAAUAUAUGGACCUGGGAUUUCUAGAAUCGACAAAAGAACUGGAUGACGUCCAUGAUGUUCAGAUUCGUCUCAGUCGCUCUCAGGAAAAGAAAACACAUAUAGACCGUCUCUACAAAUUGGCACUAUCCCUGGGAACAGACAUUAUCUCAUCCAUGCAGCGGCCUAACUGCUUUCAUAUUUCUGCAAAGAACCUGCAGAAGCAGCUGGACCUCAUUGAAGGAGACCAUGUAAGCUGGUGUGCCAAAGUGGGAGAGUAUGAACAGACCCUGGCCCACAGCUUGGAGUACUGUGCCACGAGAGAUGAGAUCAAUGAGCUCAAAGAGUCAUUCAAAGAUGUGAAAAAGAAAUUCAACAACUUGAAGUUUAACUACAGUAAGAAAAAUGAAAAAGCUCGGAAUUUGAAGGUUCUUAAGUAUCAAAUUCAACAAGUUGAGAUACAUGCUGAUAAAAUACAGGCCCUGAAAAGGAAAAUGGAAAAAGUUGACAAUAAAACUUCUGAUACUUUUGUAAACUUUCAAAACAAUAAAGUUAAUGUUCUUUUGGAAGCUAUGAAAGAUUUGCAAAAGCAUGUGGAUGAGUUUGACAAGGUUGUGACAGAUUAUAAGAAGAAUUUGGAUCUGACGGAACAUCUCCAGGAGCUAAUAGAAGAGUGUCACUUUUGGUAUGAAGAUGCAAGUGCUACAGUGGUAAGAGUUGGAAAAUAUUCUACAGAAUGCAAGACAAAGGAAGCUGUGGCAAUUCUGCACCAACAGUUCAAUAAGUUUAUCACACCUUCAGUACCUCAACAAGAAAAAAGGGUUCAGGAGAUCAUUGAACUUGCACAGCGUUUGUAUGGUUUAGAGGAAGGGCAGAGAUAUGUUGAGAAAAUUGUAGCAAAACACAAAGAAGUUCUUGAGUCUGUUACUGAAUUAUGUAGCUCUCUCACAGAGCUUGAAGAAAAGCUGAAGCAGGGAGAUAUUUUAAAAUUGAGUUUGGAUUUGGAAGACUUCCACAAUGACUGCACUGAUCUUCUAAAUGAACCAAUAGAGAAUAAUCAGACAAUAUUCAAUGAAGAAGUGAAUAAGGAGCAGGCACCGGCGGCAGAUGUUUUGCCCAUCAAUGGAAGAAAGGAAGGACAGCGUCCAAGGGACCUGAGACAGCUGUCCUCCGCCAGUGACAGUGAAGUCCUAGGCCUGGUCCUGCCCGCAGACGUGCUUUCCGGAGAAGACUCAGAGUGUGUUUCACCUGAUGACAUCUCCUUGCCUCCACUCCCAGGAAGCCCAGAGUCCCCUCUUACGCCUUCAGACAUGGAGGUGGAGGACCAUCCCAGCCCCCCCCUCAGCCUUGACAUAAGUAUCCUUGACAAGAUGCAGGCAGGAGCAAGCGGGCCAGGAGCGGCCCAGGAACUGAGCAUUCCACCACCUCCUGCUUUUGCUGAUAUUUGCAGCGACAAGAGAGACACAGAUUCAAGUCAUCUGGAAAGGCCUACACCCCAGUUCAGAGCUGAACUCCUGUUAACCUCCCAGGGAUUUCUGGAAAAGAGUACUGCCUUCCACACAAUCAGUGCUAAACAUCCUGAGGGCAUGCCGAGUGACAUGCAUGUGAGAGCUUUUCAGCAGCACCCCCUGGCUCAGGAAAAUUUGCUAGAAACGAGAGAAAAACUGCAUGCUGAUAAUAACGUCACUAAAACCCAAGAUAGGCUGCAUGCUUCCCCUGAUGCAUUCUCCAGCCUCAGGUUUCAAUCAGGCACCAGCCAGGCCUAUCAGAGGCAAAUGGUUUCCCAAGAAGAGAUUAAAAGUACAUCUGCAAAGAACAGUGUGGUCAGCCUAGCUGACCAGGCGCCUAAUUUCUCCAGGCUCCUGUCUAAUGUAACUGUCAUGGAAGGUUCUCCAGUGACUUUGGAAGUUGAAGUGACAGGAUAUCCAGAGCCUACACUGACAUGGUACAAGAAGGGCCAGAAAUUGUCUGCAGAUGGACACUUACAGGUUUUGCACAAGGAGACAAGACAUUCAGUGUUUAUCCCGAAGGCAUGCAAGGCAGAUGCAGGCCUCUAUGUGGCUCAGGCCCAAAACUCUAGUGGCAUUCUCUCUUCCAAUGUCAUCCUCCAUGUGACAGGUAACUAUAGGCCGACGAUCACAAAAAUAAACUGGAUAACGCUGUGUGUCAUCUAUAUUAGUGUGUCUCUCUUGUACUGGCUACUCACACAGUAAUUGUAGAACUGAUACCCGGACAUCCUGAGGAGCCCAAAGGAUAAGACAGCUGUUUCUUUCCCAGAACUUCUCCGUACUAGAAUCAUUGCUUGUUUGGCUAAUACUAUUGUUAGAUGAAAUAAUCAAACUUUCAUUAGUACUUUUGUGCAUUUAUGGAGUUUGGUAAGUUAUUAGCAGUGUGUAGGGAUACAUUUUUACAUUUCCAGAAGAUGUGUAUAAAACGCAAUUAAGCCUUAUGAUACCUAAUUCUGCCUUAAUUUAAGAGCAGCAAGAUCAGUUUAAUUUCAAAUUGUUUGAACAUUUUUAUUCAUAAUAGUAUUCAGAAGCAUCACUUUUCAGAAAAACAGUUGAAAGGUUGAAUUUAAAUUGCCAAUUUCAUAAUUGUAUUAAAUGCCUUUAAAUUUUAUUUUUAAUAUCUUGAUCUCCUUUAUUGAAAUACAUUUAGUGUACUUUUCACAUAGCCUAUACUUGUGAGUCUGAGAAUGCUGCUAUAAUCAUUCCUCUUCUGAUUUCAUGGGUUAGACAUUGAAGAACAGAUGUGCCUUCAGCUUGAAAUGGAUUUUCAAGCUUCCAUCAGCUCUGUGUGUCAUAGAGUAAGAUGGAAUACAGGCUGCAAGAAUGAACUGGCAUUAUAUCUACCAACUAUUGCAUUGUUUGGGAUCCAUAUACAUAUAUAAAAAUACAGCCAGUUCCUCUGGCUUCUAAACUUGAUUUUGUUGCUGAUAAUUUUUAUAGGCAAUGGUAAGGCACUUCAGUGACUCGGUUCCCUAUCUGGAAAACAAUUUCAUCAUCUACCUCUUAAAUAAUUGAUAGUUUUUAUUUCAUGUCUUGUUAACAGCUGGAAAAUGAAAAAAAAAACACUAAUGAAAACUGAGGGUAAGGAUACCAUGUAAUGUAAUUUUUUUUUAAAUCACACUCUCUUUCCCACUAUUUCUCUUUCAGAUAUUGUUUAUUUUAGAAUAUUAAACUCAAGGAGUGGUGCUUGUGAUUUGAAAUUAAACUCAGAUGGAUAGUUUAGUGAAAGAAGGAUGAAAUAUAAGAUAAGACAGUAGAAGAUGAAUUCCAUUCCUAACAUUUUACUGUAACAUUGAACUAUGUUCUAUAACUUUCUAAAAUAUGCUAUUAAGAAAAGAGGAACAUCAGUUUUGUUCAUUUUUAAAAUAAACAUAAAUAAGAGGUUUGAUUUUUAGAUUUUAAACACACUAUUUUACUAGGAAAAUAUUUAGUGGAAGUAAUUAUUUAUUAUAGAUUUUGAUAAAUUAAAAUAAUCAGGUUGCUGGAAAGACUGAAUAAUAAAAACAUUUAAAUGUAAUAUAUUUAAGUUAAUAUUUAAAAGUUGGAUUUUAUCAGAACAGAUGUGCUUAGUAGAAAUGGAUGUAUUUUUCUUGCGCUGCAUAUCCAAUUUAAAAAUUAUAUUUCCUCAUUUUCUUCAACUUUGAUGUAAACCAUUAAAGGAUUAUGUAUGCAAUAUCUUAGUGAACUCAUAAUCUCCUAAUUCUUCUAUACUUUUUGUCUAGUUUCAAGUAUUUUGUGUAUCAUGACUGAUGCUAUUACUCUCUUAAAGCUAAAAUGUAAGAUUUUUUCAUGUCUAAAGAGGGUAUAUAGAAUGAGGUAAUCAACUCUAUCUUCCCAGAAUCUUACUCUUUCUUGUUAAUUUGGAGGAAUUUUUUUCUCCAUUAAAUAACUCAGUUGAUUGUGGUUUGCGAUUUUUAAGGCAUUGACAUUACUAGUUUGCUUUACUUGUUGCAUGGCAAUUAAUGGUAAUAUUAUGAAGACUGGACUAUACAUGUAUCUAAAGAAUGUAACCAAAUAAAGAUAUAUGAUGUGCCUGCUAA